UAAUCCAGGUCAUCAUCGAUGCUUUUAUUUUGUACUCCGGCCGGAAAUGAGUGUCUGUGUGUCUGUGGCGGGUUUGAUGAUUGUGUACAGUGCAGGGGAGUGGAGAGACGCUGGGAGAGGACUCAAACACUCACACAGACACUCACACACACUCGUCAUACUCGCGAACACACACAACACACACUUGGAGGAAAACGACGCAACGAAAGACGCACGAAGGUCAGCAGCGUUUUACUCCGAUUCUGCGCUUUUUUUUUCUUUCUCUCUCAACGGCUGGAGACAGAAAAAGUUUCCAGAAAGAGAGGAAGAGGAGCAGAGUGUCGCUCGGGUUGAGCACGCACAGAAACACAAACGCUAUUUGGAAAUUAUUAUUCAAUUUCUGCACUUAAUUGAUUUUGAUUUGUGAUUUUUACGCACGUUGCCUCUCGUCGGGGAUCCCUUCUCUGCGGGCUUUUUCUUUUUUUAUUGCACACACCGUCACUCAGGCUUUGUGCUGAUAAAGAAGAAGGAGGAAAACGAAGAAAACCUGGACCAGGGAGGACCAAAGGGGGACAAAAACUCACCAGGUAUGGCGGCCGUGUUGCCGAGAACCCUGGGUGAGCUGCAGCUCUACAGGAUCCUGCAGCGGGCCAACCUGCUCUACUACUACGAGGCUUUCAUCCAGCAGGGCGGCGACGAUGUGCAGCAGCUGUGCGAGGCCGGGGAGGAGGAGUUCCUGGAGAUCAUGGCGCUUGUCGGCAUGGCCAGCAAGCCGCUGCACGUGCGGCGCCUACAGAAGGCGCUGCGGGACUGGGUCACCAACCCGUCCAUAUUCAACCAGCCGCUCACAUCGCUGCCCGUCUGCAGCAUCCCCGUCUACAAACUCCCUGAAGGCUCGCCAACACUGCUCAGUGGUCAGGACAGAGCCAACACAGCCAGCGUCAAGAUGCCCAAAGCUAUCGCCGCCGCCUGCUCCGACCCGGGGAAGCUGGAUGUGGCGAGAGACAAAGUGUCAGCUGGUUCACCUCUACAGGGCAGCAGCGAGGCUCGCUUCUGGUCGGGACACAGCAACGACAGCGAGCACAGCCUGUCGCCCUCAGACCUCGGCUCGCCGUCGUCACCCAGAGACGCAUUAGAGGCUCUGGACGCCGCCGCCGUCCAGUCAGUCCUGGAGUGUGUGGACAGGAUGGUGCCAGGACUUCCUAAAACAGACGUGGCUGAGGUCAAAGAGCAGCUGAAGAACAACAAGAAACUGGCAAAGAUGAUCGGCCACAUCUUUGAAAUGAGCGACGAUGAUCCACGCAGGGAGGAGGAGAUCCGUAAAUACAGCGCCAUCUAUGGACGCUUUGACUCCAAGAGGAGGGACGGGAAACACCUGACGCUGCAUGAGCUGACGGUGAACGAGGCGGCGGCUCAGCUCUGUAUGAGGGACAUGGCGCUGCUGACACGUCGAGACGAGCUGUUCGGACUCGCCCGCCAGAUCUCCAGAGAGGUCACCUACAAAUACACCUAUCGCACCAGCAAGUCUCGCUGUGGAGACAGAGACGAGCCGUCACCUAAAAGGAUUAAAACGGAGGAGAACUUCUUCGACAUCCAGGAGGCGCUGCAGGCGAUCCACAUGAGGCAGGAGAUGCUGAGGGAGCAGCUGGCCUGCGCCAAGUCCAAAGGAGAAGAAACCGUGGGGCGAAAUCUGCAGAUGCAGCUUGAGCGUCUGCUCGCACGGCAGAUGGAGAUCCUGCAGGACGCCGCCGUCCAGGAGCGACUCCAAGCGCUGGACUGGAGGAUCCCUCCCGCCGCUCUAAAGUACCUCAACGACGCCCAGAACACCAACGGAGCGGCCGCAGACGGGAGUAGAGAUAACCAAGAUGAAAGACCAAUCAACUUGCGGGUUGUUAGUCAGAACAUGCAGGAAGGCGACCUCCCAUUGGGCAAGCAGCUAGCCAAUGAACUGAAGCGCCAUCACAACCACAGCAACAACAGCAACCACACAGACGAGACCAAAACACCAGCAACAGGUUUGUGACGUUCGACGACUAGCUGGAGCUUUUCUCGAGGUGUUACUUCAGAAAACGGGACAUCGCAGCGAGCGUCCAACAACGCAGAGAAGAAAACCAUCAAAUCAGAGCCGGAAGACUCCACAUAGUGCCUCCCGCCUCUCCUCUCCUCGCCCCAACACCCCCCCUCUAGUACCCGCCCCCCCCUCACUUCAUUUUACUCACACUUGACAGUAUGCAGUUAUCCAUCAAUAGAUACUAAGCAAGCACAGCCACAGUAGAGCCUUAACAACCAAUGUUGCCUCAUGAAUAGCAUUUAUUUUUCUUUGAUCUCGUCUUUUGUUUCAAAGUUAUUUGCCAAAGCACCUAGAGAGCAAGAUGAGAAGCCCCUCAGCGCUCUGCAGGUCUUUGUCUGUUGAUCAAUCGUAUGUUCAUGUCAUUUAAGAGACGUGUGUACUCUUUACCUCUGCCUGGGUGGGUUUUCUGUUGCUUCCUUUGCACAGUCGGGUCGCUGGCUGUGAUGCCCGGGCUGAAUCCUAACUCAAACUUAGAUUCAGAGACAAGAAGAAAAAAAAAAAUCCACUGGUCGUGCUGAAAUAUUCAGAUAAAUAUUUUAAGGAUUGUUGAUAAAAAAAUGGUAAAAACAAGAAGAGGAGUCCUGAAGACUGAAGUGAUCCUUUGAUUUUUUGAUUUGGUGCUACUCACAGAUGAACCUUUUAGAAUUAUUAACAAGUGGAACAAAUCAACAUCCUGUAUACACAGAGCUCAUAACAUGUAAUCCUCUGUUUUUAGGGCAGCUCCACCAAGUAGACCUACUAUCUCAGAAACCAUGAACUUCAUUGGCUUACACAUUUCUGUGAUUCAACAGAAACAUACACAGUGUUAACUAAUCUGGCCGCUAAAGUCUGAUAUCCAAUUCACUUCUACACUAAGAUCUUCAAAGAUAUCAACGAUAUCCAGACAUCUCUCUGUCUUCUGAGCCUCGGUUACUCUCCCAAAUCGAACUGAAGUGUGUCGGCAUUUGUACUGUAAGUCAAAACAAAGGUGUAAAAGUACUGUAGGGAGAAGGAGUUAGGAUUCAGCCCCUGAUAAGUUAUUUUUUUUGUAUCAUUCAAGUCAAAUGUGGAAACAGAAGAGGUGGGAUGAAUCCCUCCUUCCUCGCUCUUGUCUUGUGUAUAUUUAUGGGAGGUAAUAUAAAAAGGAGGAUGGAUCCGAGCUGUUGUUGAGGAACAGCAGGGGGACCUCUCUCAUUGGCUUUGGCAGGAUGGCUGGGCUGGCAUGCCGGAGGCCGAGCUAAUUGGUUCAUUUCACUUUGUAAUUUAGCAAAACACUGCUGCUGAAGUGAAACCACGCAUCUGCAAACGGGGAGUAUUUCAGGAAUAAAGAAAUGAUCCAGCAGGCUUUCGGCAGACCCCACAGGUCGUAAAUCCACUAAAUAUGUUCUUAACUCAGUAAAGGAUUAAAUAUAUUAAAGAUUGCAGACGUGGUUUUACAGCAGCAGCAGCUAAAAGCUACAUUCCUGUUUCUUGCUGUUCCUGGCGGAGCAGCAGCCCGGGGUCUGUAAAUAGUUGUGUGAUAACAAAUAGUGCUAGCCUAAUCUCUCAACCAGGGUUUUCCUUUGUCAAGUGUAACUCUGCUGUAGAUUUCUCGGUGUCAAUACAGUGUUUAUGUACGUAGAGCAAAAAGAAAAAAAGACAACUUAAGUGUCACUGAGGAAAAAAUACAAGCGUGUGAAAGUGUCUGGUAUUUAAAAACAUGCUUUACAUGAUGAAAGUGUUGAUUAGCCUUAGCUCUUAACAGUGUUUAAUCCACCUGUGAUGGCCAUCAGUGCAUAUUUCAAAGACGUGUUCUUGCUGUUUAAAUACAUAAAUAAGUGUUCACUGUGUUUUUAUGUGUAAAUACGUCUGUUUGGUCCUCUCCCCCUCUCCCUGCAGAUAGUUUAGUGUCACUCAGCGUAAUGACAGACCAAUGCAAUAUUUAUGUAAGUAAUAAGUCUAUUUGCAUACUAUAUGGAUACUUCAUUUUGUUCUGUGCUCAGUAACUGUAUGUCUGUUAUGGAUUCAGGCUGGGAAUUCACCUACAACUAAAGAAGUAUUUGUGUCGUCUCACCUUGAGUGUGCAGGGCAGUGUUCUUAAAUUUCAAGAGUUAAAAAAAAGAAAAAAAAGGUCCAUGUGGUGGGUUUGUUUCAAGCUAGCGAGGAUUUGGAGUCGUUUAAAUCCAAACUGGCUGGUGCAUUCUGGGGGAUAAAGCCAUGGAUGCUCAGGGGCAGAACUCAUCUUCUGUCUGCGUCCUGAUUGGCUGAAACACUGGCCCGGUUAGCGUGACUGUUGUACGAUGUUUCAGAGAAAACUGAUCACUGUUCUCCUCUCUGUUUAUUGUAAAGUGAUAGAUUAGGCUUCACCUAGUUAUGCACCUGUUUUUUAAACACUAAUAUAUUUUAUUUGUUAUACAGCACAUGAACAUUAAACUUUAUUUUUUUGAA